UUCAUACUAUCCAGUAGUAUUGAGUACAGACUCGAAAUAGUGUAUUUUAUUGCUAUUAAAAUCAAAAGUUAAAUACAAAAUUCGUAGUAUUUAAAACUUACGGUUAAUUAUCUCGUAAAAUGAGGCCGAUACGAUUUUCGUCUGUCCAUUUGUGCAUAUUCUGUCUCCUGUUUUUGGAGAUUCACCAACAUGCGCUUCAAGCAGCGCCGGCCUACCGUUCGCACGAAUUGGGCUCCCAGGUGAUCCACCACCAUGCGAUACAAGAGGCGCCGGCUCAAAGUUCGCACCGUCAUCCUGACUCCCACGAAUCGCUCAAGGAUCCCCACCUUGAGUUUCAGGGACCAAAUAGACCCGAGGUUAGCACGGACCAGGUGAUCCACCAUCAUGCGAUACAAGAGGCGCCGGCUCAAAGUUCGCACCGUCAUCCAGACUCCCAAGAAUCGCUCAAGGAUCUCCACCUCGAGUUUCAGGGGCCAAAUAGACCCAAGGAUAGCACGGACCAUGGGCAGUCACGGGAAUUGGGAUCCCAGCUGAUCCACCACCAUGGGCUACAAGAGGCGCCGGCCCCCCGUUCGCACCAUCAUCAAGACUCCCACAAAUCGCUCAAGGAACCUCACCUUGAGCUUCAGGGGCAAAAUAGACCCGAGGAUAACACAGAGUAUGGACAGUCACGGGAAUUGGGAUCCCAGCUGAUCCACCACCAUGGGCUACAGGCGGCGCCGGCCUCCCGUUCGCACCAUCAUCAAGACUCCCACAAAUCGCUCAAGGAACCUCACCUUGAGUUUCAGGGGCCAAAUAGACCCGAGGAUAACACGGACCAUGGGAAGUCACGGGAAUUGGGCUCCCAGGUGAUCCACCAUCAUGCGAUACAAGAGGCGCCGGCUCAAAGUUCGCACCGUCAUCCAGACUCCCAAGAAUCGCUCAAGGAUCUCCACCUCGAGUUUCAGGGGCCAAAUAGACCCAAGGAUAGCACGGACCAUGGGCAGUCACGGGAAUUGGGAUCCCAGCUGAUCCACCACCAUGGGCUACAAGAGGCGCCGGCCCCCCGUUCGCACCAUCAUCAAGACUCCCACAAAUCGCUCAAGGAACCUCACCUUGAGUUUCAGGGGCAAAAUAGACCCGAGGAUAACACAGAGUAUGGACAGUCACGGGAAUUGGGCUCCCAGGUGAUCCACCAUCAUGCGAUACAAGAGGCGCCGGCUCAAAGUUCGCAACGUCAUCCAGACUCCCACGAAUCGCUCAAGGAUCCCCACCUCGAGUUUCAGGGGCCAAAUAGACCCAAGGAUAGCACGGACCAUGGGCAGUCACGGGAAUUGGCCUCCCAGGUGAUCCACCAUCAUCCGAUACAAGAGGCGCCGGCUCAAAGUUCGCACCGUCAUCCAGACUCCCAGGAAUCGCUCAAGGAUUCCCAACUUGAGUUUCAGGGGCAAAAUAGACCCGAGGAUAACACGGACCAUGGGCAGUCACGGGAAUUGGCCUCCCAGGUGAUCCACCAUCAUGCGAUACAAGAAUCGCCGGCUCACAGUUCGCACCGUCAUCUAGACUCCCACAAAUCGCCCAAGGAACCUCACCUUGAGUUUCAGGGACCAAAUAGACCCGAGGAUAGCACGGACCGUGGACAGACUCGGGAAUUGGCCUCCCAGGUGAUCCACCAUCAUGCGAUACAAGAACCGCCGGCUCACAGUUCGCAACGUCAUCCAGACUCCCACGAAUCGCUCAAGAAACCUCACCUUGAGCUUCAGGGGCAAAAUAGACCCGAGGAUAACACAGAGUAUGGACAGUCACGGGAAUUGGGAUCCCAGGUGAUCCACCAUCAUGCGAUACAAGAACCGCCGGCUCACAGUUCGCACCGUCAUCUAGACUCCCACAAAUCGCCCAAGGAACCUCACCUUGAGUUUCAGGGACCAAAUAGACCCGAGGAUAGCACGGACCGUGGACAGACUCGGGAAUUUGGCUCUUGGUCCGAAAUGCCCAUGAGACUCUUUCACCUAGUUAGCGAAAAUCCAACGACAGUGGACAGUAGUGGCGACCGUAACCAGCGAAAGACCAGCGCUAUGCAACGACAAGCUAAAAAGCAUCUUUCCCCUCGUACAAGGACAUCGGGAACGAGUGACCGGCACAAGGAGCUCACCAUACCACUAGCGCGCGGAAUAGUAAACAUCCACGGCAGGCGGAUCGCAAACCCUUGGGCUGUCACCUACGGGGAUGUGUGGAGGGACACGCGUCUCGCUGCCGGGCAGCUAAGCAGAAUGCCCCGUUUACACUUGGCGUCGUCGCCAAUCGUAAACUACUAUCCUGACGAGGCCAAGCUUGCCAGCGUGUGCAAGUCGACCAUAUUUAUGCAAAAAUACGGCAUGCCACGUAGGAUGGCGUCCUGGACUUGGAUUCAGUACCAUAUCUACCGGAAAGCCUUCACUUACAGACGCAUGGACCUAAAACAAUGGCAUCGCCAAGCAGUUCUUGACAUAGACUGCCACCGCUUUAAUAAUAAGAAAACAACGGUCCUUGCAUAUUUGGAAUGCGCGUUAAGUCGCUAUCAGAGAAAUGAAUAUCAAAUACCCCAGUAUCCAAAGCGCCAGAACCAACUAUUCUAUGACAACUAGAUCACAGCAACUUUUGAAAAAUUCUAGAUAAAAAUAAAAAUAUGAAACAAAUCAUCGUUUGCA